ACAUUAACUUGCAUAGUAAACAAAGUCACACAUCGAUCAAAACUCAAAUUGUUUUAUAACAAUAUGGUGAUGGGUACUCCUUCGUCGUUGGAUGAGAUCAGAAAGGCACAGAGAGCCGAUGGCCCCGCAGGCAUCUUGGGUAUAGGCACAGCCAACCCUGCGAACCAUGUGAUCCAGGCAGAGUAUCCUGACUACUACUUCCGCAUCACCAACAGUGAACACAUGACUGAUCUCAAGGAGAAGUUCAAGCGCAUGUGCGACAAGUCGAUGAUACGGAAACGGCACAUGCACCUGACGGAGGAUUUUCUCAAGGAGAAUCCGGACAUGUGUGCCUACAUGGCUCCUUCUCUGGACGUAAGGCAGGACAUAGUGGUGGUUGAAGUUCCUAAGCUAGGGAAAGAAGCGGCAGUGAAGGCCAUCAAGGAGUGGGGUCAGCCCAAGUCCAAGAUCACACACGUCGUCUUCUGCACUACAUCUGGAGUUGACAUGCCUGGUGCCGACUACCAGCUCACCAAGCUCCUUGGACUUCGUCCUUCCGUCAAGCGUCUCAUGAUGUACCAGCAAGGUUGCUUCGCCGGUGGCACUGUCCUCCGUCUCGCUAAAGAUCUCGCCGAGAACAACCGUGGCGCACGUGUCCUCGUCGUCUGCUCCGAGAUCACAGCCGUCACCUUCCGUGGCCCAUCUGACACCCACCUCGACUCUCUCGUUGGUCAGGCUCUCUUCAGUGACGGUGCUGCCGCACUCAUUGUCGGCUCUGACCCGGAUGCUUCCGUGGGAGAGAAGCCUAUCUUCGAGAUGGUGUCUGCUGCACAGACCAUCCUCCCAGACUCGGAUGGAGCCAUAGAUGGACACUUGAGGGAAGUGGGACUCACUUUCCAUCUACUCAAGGACGUUCCUGGGCUUAUCUCCAAGAACAUAGAGAAGAGUCUUGACGAAGCGUUUAAACCUCUCGGGAUAAGUGACUGGAACUCUCUGUUUUGGAUUGCUCACCCUGGAGGUCCGGCGAUCUUGGACCAGGUUGAGAUCAAGCUAGGACUCAAGGCUGAGAAGAUGAGGGCAACGCGUCACGUGCUUAGCGAGUAUGGAAACAUGUCCAGCGCGUGUGUCCUCUUCAUUCUUGAUGAGAUGAGGAGGAAGUCUAAGGAGGAUGGUGUGGCCACGACCGGAGAAGGGUUGGAGUGGGGUGUCUUGUUUGGUUUCGGACCAGGUCUCACCGUAGAGACAGUCGUCUUGCACAGCGUUCCUCUCUGAACACAGAACGCUUUCUUUGCUAUAUGCCUACCUACCUACACAUACUUUGCUUGACCGUCUCCUAUGUUUUUCGAUCUCUUUAAUAUAUAUGCAUGCAAUAAUUAAGGAAGAAAUUAUUUUAGUGUGAAAUGUUAAAUGUGGUGGACUCUCUGUUGAUGGGUCCUUUCAAUUAAUUGUCAAAUUGUUUGUCUUUCUGUCUUUUCAAAUCAAUACAAUUG